ACACACAGGCCGUUUUUUCUAUUGUUCAACGCGCAUCAUAUUUCUCCUCUUUUUAUUUUUUUAUCCAUUUUUACUCUUCUUUUUUAUUUAUUUCUGUAUUUUACUAUCUCUUUUUCGCACACACACACGCACCUUUUUUUACAUCCCCAGUUUUCUCUUGUCUUGUUUAAUUGUUGAUGCGCAUAAGAAAUAGCAGAGGCAGCAGCAGAAGUAGCAGCAACUACAACUACAUCAGAGACCACAGCAGUGUCGCUAGCACCGGCAUCUUGCAUUCAAAUAUCGGCCGUAGAGCACCAGCAACAACAUCAAACACCGAGUCGUUCAACAUGGAUGACGCAGAAGUAUGGCCGACCGAACGUCAUCACCUGUCAUUUGACAGCCCCAACACGGGCAUGCGCCGCCGCAGGGUAUUCCCGAACCUCGCCCCUCCAGCCAACCCACAGGUUGCACCUGAGGAAAGCGACAGUGACAGUGACCAGUACUUUGACAGCCAGGCGUUAAGAUUGCCGCCAACGCCGCCGCGCAGGAGGCAGGCGCCUGCGCCAACGACGGACUCUGAUUCUGAGCCCGAGCCCGAACUGCCGACGAGGCCCAGCUGGAUCUCAUCUUCGCCGCAUAGGGAGCAUGUGCUAGGAGUGAGCACCUAUGAUUUUAUUGAGGACCAGAGGCUGACGAGGCAGACGCUGGAGAGGUUUGGUGAGUUGCGCCGGCAGAGGUUUUUGCGCGAUCAGCAGUUGAGGGCGCAGUUGAGGGAUCAGUCGGUAUUGCAGUCGACAGUGGCGACGAACGCGAGUGUUCUCGCGCAGUUGGCGGCGAUGGACACAAAUAUUGUCACGCGUCAGCGGCGUUGGACGCAGAGAUUCUUGCGCGGUCAGCGGCGUUGGAUGCAGAUAUUAUUUCGCGUCGUCAGGAGAUCAGGCGGAACUUAGCGGCUACAUCGGAUUUGGUCGAGGAAAGACAGCCGUGGAUGGACAACUUUAUUUCGGAAGAAUCAUCCGACUCGUUCCCACGCGGGCAGCUGAGAAAUUCGCUGAGAAAUUCGCUGAUUACCGCCCCAACAGCUGGGCCGCGGUGGAGUUGGAGGCGGAAGUAUUCGAGCAUCGCAGAUAUAUCAGGCGGACCCGUAAUGCUCUGGCCGAGCCUACUGAUGAUGGGCGGCCGCGGAUGCACAACCUUGUUUCGGGAGAGCAUCAGGCUCGUUCUCACGUCUGCAGCUGGGAAAUUCGCUGACGACCGUUCGACAACCGUAUCCACGGCGACAUCACCGGCCUUGC